AUGCCGGUGACCUUCGAGGAGGUGGCUGUGUAUUUUACCCAGGGGCAGGGGGCUCUCCUGGACCCCGCUCAGAGAGCCCUCUACAGGGACGUCAUGCAGGAGAACUACGAGACAGUGACCUCGCUGGGAUUCCCCUUUCCCCAACCUGAGCUGAUCGCCCGGCUGGAACGAGGGGAAGAGCCGUGGGUGCCCGAUCUCCAGGCCUGCAAGGAAAGAAGGCUUCCGAGAUGCACCCAUACAGGUGCUGAGCGAGGGAGUGAGAAUGAGGAGGGGAAACAUCAUGAAGAAGUUCCCGGGGAAGUGGAACCACAGGGGACCUUUGUGGGAAGAGCUGAAGGGAAUUUUUCCCAGUGCUUGGAGCAGGCAGAAGCCUGGAGAAGUUGGCAAAGACAUCAGGCAAUCCACACAGGAGAGAAACCCCACAAGUGCUUGGACUGUGGAAAAAGUUUCACACAGAGGUCACAACUACUUCGUCAUCAGGCAUUACACACAGGAGAGAGACCCCACAAGUGCUUGGACUGUGGGAAAAGUUUCAUACAAGCGUCAGACCUUGUUAGACAUCAGGCAAUCCACACAGGAGAGAAACCCCACAAGUGCUUGGACUGUGGAAAAAGUUUCAUACAAGGGUCAGACCUUGUUAAACAUCAGGCAUUACACACAGGAGAAAGACCACACAAGUGCUUGGACUGUGGGAAAAGUUUCACACAGAGGUCAAACCUACUUCAUCAUCAGGCAUUACACACAGGAGAGAGACCACAUAAGUGCCUGGACUGUGGGAAAAGUUUCACACAGAGGUCACACCUAAUUCAUCAUCAGGCAGUCCACACCCGAGAGAGACCCCACAAGUGCUUGGACUGUGGGAAAAGUUUCAUAAGAAGGUCACACCUACUUUGUCAUCAGGCAUUACACACAGGAGAGAGACCCCACAAGUGCUUGGACUGUGGGAAAACUUUCAUACAGAGGUCAGACCUUGUUAAACAUCAGGCAUUCCACACAGGAGAAAGACCGCACAAGUGCCUGGACUGUGGGAAAAGUUUCAUAAGAAGGUCAGACCUUGUUCAACAUCAGGCUAUCCACACAGGAGAGAAACCCCACAAGUGCUUGGACUGUGGGAAAAGUUUCACACACAGGUCAAACCUACUUCAUCAUCAGGCAUUACAUACAGGAGAGAGACCACACAAGUGCCUGGACUGUGGGAAAAGUUUCAUACAGAGGUCACACCUUGUUCAACAUCAGGCUAUCCACACAGGAGAGAAACCCCACAAGUGCUUGGACUGUGGGAAAAGUUUCACACAGAGGUCAAACCUACUUCAUCAUCAGGCAUUACACACACGAGAGAGACCCCACAAGUGCUUGGACUGUGAGAAAAGUUUCAUAAGAAGGUCACACCUUGUUCAACAUCAGGCUAUCCACACAGGAGAGAAACCCCACAAGUGCUUGGACUGUGGGAAAAGUUUCACACACAGGUCAAACCUACUUCAUCAUGAGGCAUUACACACAGGAGAGAGACCACACAAGUGCUUGGACUGUGGGAAAAGUUUCAUACAGAGGUCACACCUAAUUCAUCAUCAGGCAAUCCACACAGGAGAGAGACCCCACAAGUGCUUGGACUGUGGGAAAAGUUUCACACAGAGGUCAAACUUACUUCGUCAUCAGGCAUUACACACAGUAGAGAGACCCCACAAGUGCUUGGACUGUGGGAAAAGUUUCAUACAGAGGUCACAACUUGUUCAACAUCAGGCUAUCCACACAGGAGAGAAACCCCACAAGUGCUUGGACUGUGGGAAAAGUUUCACACACAGGUCAAACCUACUUCAUCAUCAGGCAUUACACACAGGAGAGAGACCACACAAGUGCUUGGACUGUGGGAAAGGUUUCAUACAGAGGUCAGAGCUAAUUCAUCAUCAGGCAAUCCACACAGGAGAGAGACCCCACAAGUGCUUGGACUGUGGGAAAAGUUUCAUUAGAAGGUCACACCUAGUUCGUCAUCAGGCAAUCCACACAGGAGAGAGACCCCACAAGUGCUUGGACUGUGGGAAAAGUUUCAUACAAAGGUCAGACCUUGUUAAUCAUGAGGCAAUCCACACAGGAGAAAGACCUCACAAGUGCUUGGACUGA